AGAGAGAAAUCCCCAUGGCUCCUGGGAUUUUGAAUAAGGACAAAGGCUAAGAAGUAGGAAAUAAAGAGUGAAAUCCUGUCAACACUGCUGAAUCUGAACACCAUCCUAAGAAUGUCCCAUCUCACUAAUUGGAAGGUCUCCCAAGUAAGCAAGAGCUUGAUGCCAUAUGACAAUGUCAGAGUUCCCUGUGACAGGAAGAAGGAGAACAAGAAGCAAGAGGAUCUGCCUGAAGACCAGCCCUCACCUCAUGGUCAGAUGCUGCAGAAGGAGGAAGGUGCCCAGAUCACCAAGGACAAAAGAAAGGAGACAGGAGAUGACAAGGCUGCUGAGGAAGGCCCUUCUCUCAGCAAGACAGACCCGCGAAAAGACACCAAGGCAAGCUUUGGAAUCAACCCUCGUUUUGUCCCAGUGUAUAGCUUACAGAAAACCAGUGAGCUAGGGCAGAUGAACCUCAUCUUACAAACUGAUAGUAGCGUCGUGGUUAAACAGCAUGGGCUGGGGAAGAAGCUAGCACUGUGCAUGGAUUCUAUAGCGUGGCAUUUCUCUCCUCGCCUCCUUGGAACAGAUUGGAAGCUUCCGAUCCCCCCAGGACCUGUUUAUCCACUGUUAAUCUCGAGUCUGAGCAUCACCAAAGCUGUGGGACGAAGCUGGGAAUUGUCUCCUCAGAUAGCAAAGAGCUUCCGAAUGCAAGACGUGCACAUGGCCCAUCUGCCCCAGCAGGGCCCUUUCCAGCACUUCAUGGACACAAAGGCCAAGAAGAGGCUGGCAGGCCGGAAGGAGCGCCACAGUCGCUAUGGAGACGUCAGUGUGCACAAGUGCUAUCAGUUUGGGCAGAUCUUCUCCCCUUUCCAGGCCCUCGCCACCACGGUGAGCAAGCUUUUCUUUUGCAUCAUUGCUCAGUCAGGGCUUCUCAACCUUGUUCAUUUCAUCAGCACCCCUAAGUCUGAAGAGAGCCAGCAUGUCAGGCCACCUGUAAUCCACUCACAGCUCAACAGCGUGCCCAGGAACCCAGGUCACGAACUUUCGCUCAGCAGCAGUUCUCAUCCUUUCUGA